CUGGUGUUAGCAUCCAGCUAGCCUCUGACAAUAAACCCAAAGUAAGGUGUCCAUAUCUCCGUCAUGAGCGAAGCACUAACUCGACUCUAGCGGAGACCGAAGACAAGGACCUGGCUGCUCGGGCCUUUGCCGACAUGCUGUGACAGCUGGCACCCGGAGAGGACACUCCACACAGCGGACUAAACCUUGAGCUUUAGCCGACGUUCAAACUUUGACGGGGAAACUGCAGCGGUUCGACAGCUAGCUGCUAGUUUGCAAAUGUCCUACUACCGCAGCAGCUAGCUAGCUGAUCGUAUAUAGGCAGUCUCAAGGCUGUGGUCCACUUUACUUUGAGUUAUGUCUGGGGACACAUCCAGCAGCAGCGAUGAGUCCGAUUCCAGAACCAGUGAAAAGGCCUGUACCGUCAAGCAUCAGAUCACCAAUGCGAACCUCACAGGUCACACUGAGAAGGUCGGCAUGGAGAACUUUGAGCUGCUUAAAGUCUUGGGCACAGGAGCUUAUGGGAAAGUGUUUUUGGUCAGGAAGAACAGUGGUCAUGAUGCAGGCCAGCUGUACGCCAUGAAGGUGUUAAAGAAAGCAGCCAUUGUUCAAAAGGCCAAGACAACAGAACAUACCCGCACUGAGAGGCAGGUGCUCGAGCACAUCCGCCAGUCUCCCUUCCUGGUCACGCUUCACUACGCCUUUCAGACACAGAGCAAACUACAUCUCAUCCUGGACUAUGUGAGCGGCGGGGAGAUGUUCACUCAUUUGUACCAGCAGGAUCAUUUUCCUGAGGAGGCGGUGCGGAUUUAUAUUGGGGAAAUAAUCCUGGCUUUGGAGCACCUGCACAAGCUUGGGAUCGUGUACCGAGACAUCAAAUUGGAAAACAUUCUUCUAGACAAUGAAGGCCACAUAGUGUUGACAGACUUUGGGCUCAGCAAAGAGUUUCUGGAGAAAGAGAAGGAGAGGACCUACUCUUUCUGUGGCACCAUUGAGUACAUGGCACCUGAAAUCAUCAGGGGCAAGUCGGGGCAUGGCAAGUCGGUUGAUUGGUGGAGCCUUGGGAUCCUGAUGUUUGAGCUGCUGACAGGAGCUUCUCCCUUUACCUUAGAGGGAGAGAGGAACUCCCAGAGUGAAGUGUCAAAGCGUAUUUUGCGCUGUGAUCCACCGUUCCCGUCGAUGAUCGCAUCCACUGCUCAGGAUCUGCUGAGGAAAUUGUUGGUGAAAGAUCCCCACAGGAGACUGGGCUCCGGGCCGCGAGGGGCUGAUGAUCUCAAAGCACAUCCCUUCUUCAAGGGACUAAACUGGGCUGACCUAGCAGAGAAGAAGUUGCCAAGUCCAUUCAAACCAGAGCUGAAGAGUGAACUGGACGUGGGAAACUUUGCAGAGGAGUUCACUGGGAUGGAUCCUGUCUACUCCCCGGCGAUCACGCCACCAAGCACAGGCCGCCUGUUCCAGGGCUACUCCUUCAUUGCUCCAUCCAUCCUCUUCAAUAAAAACGCAGUCAUGGGAGACUUUGUAGAAAGCCAGAUUGCUGCUGAUCGACCAGGGUCGGCCUCUGUCCAACGCAGUGCAAUGUUAGAGGAAUCACAGUUUUUCCACAGCUAUGAGCUGUGUCUCCAUGGGCCACCCUUAGGCGAGGGGAGUUUCUCUGUGUGCAGGAAAUGCAGACACAAGCAAAGUGGACACGAGUACGCCGUGAAGAUUGUGAGCCGCAGAAUGGAGGCAAACACUCAGAGGGAGAUUGCUGCUUUAAGGCAAUGUGAGGCUCACCCCAACAUUGUCAAGCUACAUGACGUCUUUACUGAUCAGUACCACACAUACUUGGUGAUGGAGCUUCUGGGCGGUGGAGAGUUGCUUGAAAGGAUCAAGAGAAAGAAACUUUUCGGGGAGGCGGAGGCCAGUCAGCUGUUACAGAGCCUGGUGUCAGCUGUCAGCUUCAUGCACGAGGCCGGAGUCGUGCACAGAGACCUCAAACCAGAGAACGUGCUGUUUGCAGAUGAGGCGGAAGACUCUGUGCUGAAAGUAAUCGACUUUGGAUUUGCCCGGCUGUGCCCUGCAGGCAGCGCCCCCCUGCAGACCCCCUGCUUCACGCUGCAGUACGCUGCACCUGAACUGUUUGAACGCGCAGGAUACGACAAGUCCUGUGACCUCUGGAGUCUUGGAGUCAUCCUGUACACCAUGCUGUCAGGCCAGGUGCCAUUUCAGAGUGAGCAACGGGGAAUGACGUCAUCAUACGCUGCUGACAUCAUGCAGAAAAUCAAAGAAGGCGAUUUCUCAUUGGAUGGGGAGGCCUGGAAAGGUGUGUCAGAAGACGCUAAAGAGCUUGUUAAAGGCCUAUUAACGGUGGAUCCAGAGAAUCGUCUCAAACUUUCUGAUCUGAAGGAGAACAGCUGGCUGCAGGGGGAAGCAUCCAUGUCCACUACUCCGCUGUGCACUCCAGAUGUGCUGGAGUCCAGUGGGCCAACCGUUCGCACCUAUGUUAAUGCCACCUACAAGGCUUUCAACCGCGGUAAGCGAGAGGGCUUCUUUCUGAAAAGCGUAGACAAUGCUCCACUCGCAAAACGACGGAAACUGAAGAUGACGAGUACAGGCGUAGAGACCCGAUGGAGCUCAUCCUCUUCCUCCUCUUCUUCUUCCACGUCAUCCUCUGCCUCUGCCUCUGCUUCAGCCUCAGCCUCGGCCUCUGCAAAGGCAUCUCCAAAGGCAUCCAAACCACAGCCAAAACAAAGUGUGACCCCAAAGGAGAGCUAGCCUGAAUGGCAGCGGAGAGAAGAGCUGGGAAACGAAGCGGUGUGUGUUUACAAUGACGACAUGAAGUUCUCCGGUUGUGAUUGGCUCACUCGCUUUCAGAAAACAUACCAAUAAAACCAAAAGACUGGUUAAGGUUAGUGUUAAGGUUUCAAUACAGAAUUGAAUUCCACAUUUUACCAGUGUCAUAUUUUCCCCAAACCGAGCAUGUAUUGUCCUCUAGUGGAAGGAGAAGAAGUUAGAGGAGAUUUAAGAGGUCUAGUUUUCUAUCUUUGAGAUAUACGGAAAUCUGUGGCCUUUUGACCAACUUACACUUAUUCAGUAUUCUCUCACCAUAUUUGGUGACAUCACACACUAAAAGUUAAACAACGUACCUAUUUUCACUGUGGGUAAGAAACAGUGCCUGGCUUUAUAGGGUUAAAGGGAAAAAGGAGCCAUAAAUGAGCAGAAGCCAUAUUUAAACAGCGAAGCAGUGAAUAUAUUAAUUGAGCCGUUGUGAUUACACAUGCAUUUGCACAAAGCAAAUAAGCAGUCCUUCCAGGAAUUUGCUAACCUAAUUCUUUGAUUGUAUUUUUAACUUUGCCACGCAUACAUUGAUCGGCAGCAAAAUGUGUCCACAAGUGCUGUGCCUCAUGUGGGCCCUCUUCUGCAACAAAUAACAGUUUUGUGAAAACUGUUUAGUUGCUUUUUAUUUAGUUUGGGCAUAAAAAUAGCACUUUUUGUGGCGGAUGUAAAUAUAAAGGAUCAAAUUGUAAAAAGUUAAAGAAAAAAGCAAUUUCUGGAAGGACUGAGCACAGAGGGAAAUCCCUGUGGUCUGUCUACACCUUAGAGAUUUGGCAGGAUGCAAAAAAAAAAAAGAUCAUAGUCAAAGUCUUCUUAUUAGUAUUUGAUAUAGAUUGAAAUGUGUGAUGAUAUGUAGUCCAGAGGAUCGCACCUCCAGUACACGACCAACGCUGCAGCUCCCAUUGAACGCAAUGAUAGAUGGCUCCGAGUUAGUGUUUCAACAAACCAUCGAGUCAGAGUUUGAAGUUUUUUCACAGAACCGACCAAGUGUCCAGCAGCAGCAGCAGCUGUGAAAACACACAGAGGCGGUUCCUGAAUAUACAGUGUGAUUUUCCUUGUCAUACCUUGCUGUAAAUUACUUGCGUCAUCGUGCUGGUGUAGCAUGCUAAUCUCUCGUGAUGAUCAACUAUAAGAAUGUUUUUCUAUAUUUUUUGGUAUCUCGGGCUUACUAAGGAAAUGUUACCCAGAAUGUUUUUAAUGCUGCGAAGUGCAGCUCUAGUGGAGUGAAAUCCAUUCUGGCUGAUCUUCAGUGUACACUGCCUCGGGCUUGUGAAUUUUAAAAGGGUGUUUCAGUUCUCCGCUGGUCCGUCAGACCAGCACCACAUGCAGCUCCCACUAAUACCAUCUUAUUCGAUACAGUGAAUUACUUGCUCCCGUCUAUUAAGCUCAGCUUGGGCUGCAAACGUCACCCAUUUGUCUUUUUACAUAAGUGGUUUUAAAACGUCGUAUAGCUUUUGAAAUUCAAAUUAUGUUACAGAAUGAAACCUUUAAUAAAGACUCAACAAUAAAAUGGCUCUUUUCAGACCAUCAUGCGAGGUCUGUUGUGUAAAUAGUCGUCAUUGAUUUAAAGCAAAAAACACAACGAUGUAUGUUAUGAUUUGAAAAAUGUUUAAAUGAUAUAUCAGUCUCCUGAUGUAAUUAUGUUUUUAUUGGACUUUUUUUUUCUACUUGUUGCACAGUCAGAUGAUCAAUUAAACACAUUUCAGCUUUAAAGGUGCUUUUACUGAUAUUUAUUACAUGUAGUUGAUUUUAAUGCUGUGGUAAUGGGAUUAUGAUCAUUCGGCUCCUGUUUUGAACCAGCACUGUUUGGGUGUGUGUGUGUGUGUGUGUGUGUGUG